AUGGUCGGACAGACUGACUCUCGCCGACUGAGGCACGGCACUUCCAGAACCCGCUCUGGCUGUGUAACAUGCAAAUCUCGUCGGAUAAAAUGCGAUCUGACGCGACCACGAUGUCAACGCUGCGUCAAAAGUAGUCGGCCAUGCGGCUAUGCAGACAGCGGAGAGAAAGCCCUUGGGUUUGUGCACUAUGUCUCGGAUCCCAUCCUGACAGCAAAUAGAGACUGGCAAGAGAUGCGGUCUCUAGCCUUCUUCCAAGAACGCGUGGUCGAGGAGCUUCCAGGCUCCUUCUGCACUGAGCUCUGGUCAAGAUAUCUCGUGAUGGUUGCGACCCACGAGAGCGCCAUUCGACAUGCCUUGGUCGCUGUUAGUGCCCUGUACGAGGACUAUACCACUUCUCUCGGCCAGCUGGAAGAGUUCGCGUUGCGGCAAUAUAAUCAUGCCAUUCGUCAUAUCCUCCGGCUCGACUAUUCAGACGCGACCAAGGCUGGAGACGUGAUCCUGUUGAUUUGCGUCAUCUUUUUCUCGUUCGAGUGCCUCCGCGGUGACUUUCAGGCUGCCAUGACCCAUCUGUGUGGAGGCGUCAAACUAUUGGCAGAGUAUAUGGCAACAGGCUCCGCUAUCGAUGGCGCAUAUAUUCCGCGAUGGCUGCUGAGGCAGCUCUUCGUUCGCAUGGAAACACAAGCUCUCGAGUUCGACUAUACUUUGCCCAGUGAGAGAGCCCUGCCACGGCCGGGCAUGUGCAAGGGGCAGCCGCUACUCAAGUUCGCCAGUCUCAGUCACGCAAUGUUGUCAAUGAAUCAGUAUUUGAAUAAGUUGUUGCGUUUCCUGAGGAGCGCUGAAGGAGCAUUGCGAACACAUGUUUCCGCUGAAAUAAGACAACAGGACGAGCUUCGACGCGCUAGGUUUGUCCAGCAUUUCCAGCAGUGGUGCUUGGCUUUGGACAGAGCACUCGACGAUGAGCGAGAUGCCAAACUGGGCGCAGACGCUACGUUAUUACAACUGUAUCGCAAGCUGGUCGUCAUCAUUCUUCACGUAAAUCUGGGAGCGGAGAAACCAAACUUUGAUGAGUUUUGUCCAGAAUUUGCGGCGAUCACAUCUUUAGCCAGUGGUUUUCUGCAUCUUGUCAGCACUGCGAUUCCUAUACAGCAGGCACCUAAUCUGGAGGGCAACUCUGGGGAGCUUCCAAAUUAUCAUCUUCAUCGAACGUCACAUCCAGCAGUGCCUGCGUUUCGAUCACAUAUGGAUCUGGGAUCUGUCUCGUCAAGCUCCUCCAGGCUGUUGGGCAUUCCGCCAGACGCGACACCGGUUUCGUCUUCACGGGAGCUGCUGUAUCAAGAAAGAUCCAAACCAGCCACACACUCGUCGCAUGGAUUUCCCAGGUGCAUUAUUCGCUUGUUGCUUGCAUAUGUCCUGUACGGUACCUGGGUAGCUAGACAGGUCACAUGCACGGUAUCAUUAUACCUAACUACCCAAAGUAGCCACACGUCAAGAUUAUCAUCACACUCUAAGGCAUACUCUAUACAGAAUGACAGAGAAGAAAGCAGUUGA